GCCACGAGUCUCACUUUUUCCUUGGAGGAUCGCCGCUGGAUCCCUCGGGAGAGGCUUCUGGGUCCGGCUCGGGGCAGGUGGGGCUGCUUUCCCUCCGAUCUCCAGGCUGCCCCUGCUAGGAGAUCUUCUCUCCGCCCGGAGGAAGGGCUAGGAAGAUCUCCUCCGGGAGAUCCGGCUCUGGCGUUGCCUGCAGGGAACGGAUCCCUGCCUUCCCUCCAGGGGAGCAAAGGAGGCUCCGUCUCCGGGCUGGAUCUGAUUCUGCCCCCUCCUCGCCCGGCCAAGGCUGCCCUGGGAGCUCCGGUUGGAUCCGGGAAGGAGCUUUGGCAGGAAAACAACUGUGACCAAAGAUUUACUUUCAAGUUACCCAUAACUCUGAAUAAUGACUGAACCAAAUGCUUACUCUGAAAAAAUAAACAGAGUGAACACAAGAGCCUUCACCAGGGAAAUGGCUGCACAACUGACACCCAAAGGUGCCACAACAAGAGCCACAUCAACUGAGAAUGAGCAGGAUAGAGGAGAUGAACUAAGACUGUCCAUACUGAGGUUAAUAGAGGCGUCCGCCAGCGAAGAAUGUCUUAUCGCUAACCUCCAAAACCUUGUAAGCCAAGGAACAACUAUCGAAGCCCCAGCGAUGAUUCAAGAAAUCACCACUUCAGUAAAGGAUAGGCUACCUCAAUCGGACGACCCAGAGCAAGCCGAAUCCGUUCCCGCGCUUUUUCUCCGGCGGCCAUCUUGGAAUGGCCAACAACCAAUAGAAAGCCGGAAUUCAAACUUAACGACGCGAAUCACCCAGAACCCUAAAACAAACAGGGGACACCCUGAAAACAACUAUGAAAAACAAAUACAAGGCAACAGGAGCUCGCCUACUGAGUUCGAGAUAGAAAAAGCCAUCGAGACUCUAGUGGCAGCCUUCGGCUCCGCGUUCAAGCCUCCCGCGCAAAUCACAAACUACAAAAGGAACCCCGAAAGCCAAAAACACACCAGAAUGACUGCCGGCAACGAAACACCGACCCCAUCACUACCUAGAGAAGAGAUACACUACCGCGAAGAGAAAAAAACACCGACCGCCUACAAAUCAACUACGCGGCAGGACUCGAACUCACCACCCCUACUACUGCCGGACCGAGACCCAAGAAAAGAAAACCAAAUCAGCAACUCACCCAUUCUACGACCUCCACCGGGCUUCUCUGCCCAUCCAGGGGCCAGCAUCCGUGGACCGGGAUUUGCCGCCGCCGCAGAAACACUGAGCUCCGAUGGUCCUCAUUCAACAACCGCCAUGCCGCCACGCCUUCUGCCGAUCUUCACCGGGGAUCCAGCCGCCCAGCAGCAACUCCCCGCGUCCAGCGUGGAGUCCAGGUGUGCAAGGGGUGAAUCCAACAUCCCAUUGACAGGCCUACGCCUAGGCCUGGGAGCCGCGGCCGCGAGCUCCUCACCCGACGACUUCCAGCGCGAAAUGAGCUUCGCGCAUGCUCAGUCCUCACCUGCAAAGAGAGAAGAAAAAAAAAUGACUGACAGGGUUUUUUGCAUUCACUUAAGCAUCCCAUUGCCCUACCGUGAAUUCACUCACAUUCUAGGCCAUGGACAGCUACCCUCAGAAAGUAAUUAUUCUAACAAUUUUGGAACACUACCUAUUAAUUUCCCAAAAUUACAAAUAGAUGGAGAAAACCUUUUAGAAUGGAGCCAGCAGUUACAACUUAUUUUUAUGAGAGAAAAUGUACUUUUCUUAAUUUCUGAACCUCCAAAAAAGCCUUGGUCAUUUGAGAUUGAUUGUCUCCACCGCAAGGCAUUCUGUCUAUUGUUAACUAGUAUACCACCCCUUAUGUACCCUACCAUAGGUAACAACCUAACUGUGUACGAAGUUAUGCAAAAAAUAUACAGUUUAUUCUACAGUCAAAGCAGAGCAACCACAACUAGAAUAUCCAGACAAUUUCACUCUGCCAGACUCAGGCCAGGGGUCCCCAUGAGCGAACACAUAUUGAAACUUAACGCUACCCGGGCUGAACUACUGCAAAGGGGGGAGAUAAUAACUGAAGAGAGCAUGAUGAGUAUUAUUAUAAAUUCAUUGGACUCUAGCUGGGACAACUUUGUAACUCAAUUAGAUAGCCUAACCAUGGAACAGAUAUCCCUGAGCACACUCACAAAUCACUUGAUUGCGGAAGAUAACCUGAGAAGAGACCGCCGUCUAUCUAGAAGAGAACCCAGGCCUGUAAAAAGAGUCGAAUUGCAAGAUAGGAUAAGGAAUACCCAGGAAUGCUUUUCUUGCGGUUCUAGGAACCAUUUAAAAAGGAAUUGUCCCAGGAACCACAGAAACAAAGGGUACACUGAUCGCAGGGAGAGACCUGAGCCCGGAAGGAGGCACCAAGGGGGACGCUCACCAGAUAACAGAACGUUUAGGGAAAGAGAGCGUGGGUGUUCUCCCAGCACCAGGAGAAAUAAUGAACAUAGAGACAGUUCACGAGAUAGACACACAGAAUCAAUGUACGGCUUUAAACACGAGGACACAAACACCAGGCAAAGAACCAGGAUGGAUUUGAUUUAAAUCGAGUUGAUUUAAAUCACAAUUUAAAUCCUGAUUUAAAUCACUAGUAAAAAGGCUUGAUUUAAAUCAACUCGAUUUAAAUCAUAAUUUUUAAAGAGCAACUGUCAUCUCUGCUACUCCUUUGACCCACUGUUGACUCACCGAUAGUCCCAGUGUUGCAGAAUAUGCAGCCUCAUGCUACAUAACUAAGCUCCAUUUCAUGCUGAAUAAACUAAAUUAUUUAUGUAUCUUAAAUAGAAAACCAUCUUACGAUAGAUUUUUACCCCAAAAGUUUUUUAUUAAAAUAAAUUCGAUAAAAAUAAAAAAAAAUCCAAUUUAAAUCAAAAAAAUCCAAUUUAAAUAAAAAAAAUCUGAUUUUUUUUUUCACCCUGCAAAGAACAUACGAGAACAUGUGGCUCCUAGACUCAGGAGCCACUAACCAUACCACACAUGACCCAAGAUUAUUCACCACUCUUACAGAGACAGAUUUUGAGAUCAGAGUAGCCAACCAAAGCAGGGCUAAAGUAAUAGAUAAAGGAAGCAUACAUAUCCCAGGAAUAGAAGAAAUAGAGGGGGUAUUACAUGUGCCAGAGAUUCCAUACAACGUGCUGGCAACCACAAAGCUCACACAAGACACAAACACCGAAGUGAUAUUUAAGGAACGCAGAGUAUAUAUAUCCAUCAGGGGGAAAACAUUGGGGAAGUAAUCAUACACGACGGGCUACCUUACUUUACGCCCAAAGAAAAUAAGGAGGGAAGCGUUAACAUAAACGCUGUUGAUGAGGCAGAAGGAAACAGAAAAACAGAGGGAACAACCAACUGUAAUUUACCAAGUAAAAGUAAAAUAUCUGUAGGCAAACCCUUACACAACAAUUGUGCUCGCCUUCUCCAUAGAAAACUAGGGCAUAUCAGUUUCCCAGUUGUCAAGAAAAUGUUGGAAUGCGCUGAGGGUUUAAAAGUAAAAAGUUGUGAAAAUUA